CUCUGGGUCACCGUCGGCAUCGGACACUGAGACUCGAGCCACGUAGUCGCCUGGGUGGGCGCCCUCAGAGACCUGGACCGCACCUCCCUCGGUGAGGAAGAGCAGGUGGAUGGCAGGAGGGUUGUCAUUCACGUCCAGCACGUCAAUGGACACGCGCACGGUGGCUACCUCUGGCUCGGCGCCCCCGUCGCGGGCCUGGACCACCAACUGGUGCCAGGCCUGCUCCUCCCGGUCUAAAGGUCUUUGCACCCGCACUACGCCGCUCAGCUCCUCCACAGAAAAAUAACCCGGAUCGCCCAGUGGCCCACCACCUGCGCUCGCCACGGGCACUUGCCGCUCCCGGAUACUGUAGCGUACCAAGCCAUUGGGGCCCAAGUCGCGAUCAGUAGCACGCACGCGACAAACCUCAGAGCCCGGCUGGGCGUCCUCACGUACUGUGGCGCGGUACUCGCCCUGCUCGAAAACUGGCGGGUUGUCGUUCUCAUCCAACACACGCAGCUGCACGUGCAGGAGGCCGGUGCGCCGAGGGCUGCCACCGUCCCAAGCUUCAAUGUGCAGCUCGUGCGCUGCCGCCGCCUCUCGGUCCAAGCGCCGCAGCAGCACCAAGUCUAAGGGUUCCAGCGGUGAUGAGGACACCGGCAGGGAAGGCGACGCCGGUAACCCCGGCGUCCCAUAGCGCAAUUGGAAGAAGGGUCCUGUGGGAUCCUGGGGCAUGUCAGAAGCUUGCAGCAAAGUGUAGCCCUGGAUGCUGAACAGUCCCGCGUCCGGGUCCUGGGCUCCUGGCAGGCGGAACGCUGUCCCGGGCGGGCUGAGUUCGGACACGUCCAGCUGCAGGGAGUCGCGGGGAAAGCGAGGGGAAUGGUCGUUCACGUCGUUGACGCGGAUCUCCACCUGUACCACCUCUCCCAACAGCGUGGCGGCCACGAAGCUAUAGUGGUCCUGUCGCUCGCGGUCCAGACGCCGAGCGGUGCGGAUGAUACCAGUGUCCGGGUGCACGUGGAAGUCGUCCAGCAGCGGGGAGUCAUCCGAGUCCUCCGAAAGAAAAAAGCCAUUCCCAUCCUGUUGCUGAGCUGCUGGCAACCCCGCGCGAAUGUCACCCACCAGUGUGUCUGGGGGCAGCCCCUCGUCCACCGAGAGGCUGAGGUUGAACACCUGGGCAGAUGAGCCCGAGGCUGCCCACAGCCAGGCGUGGACGAAAAGCCGGAGCAGGGAGCUCUGCGCCCCGGCGCCGCGGGGCCGCCCACGGGGUGACCCAGCCGGCUGACGCCCUUCACCCAUCCUUCGCCCAGCAGGGCUCAUUUCUCCUCCAGCUCUUUAGGAAGAAGGCUCCGGCUAGCUGCCAGCUUGUAUUGGGAUCUCAGAGCAACCCAGGAGCCUCUUCAGUAUUAAGCCAGGGAAGAAAAGACUUUGGCAAACAAACGAAAAGACCCGGGAGUUCCCAAGGUGGCAUCUGCAACUGGUGCAGACGUCCUCUGGCCGCAGCUCACGCAGGCGGGGGCGGCUCUAGCUGCCUCUGCCUCCGCGGCCACCUCUCCAGCCUCUGGAUGUCUUUAAGGGAGUCCCAUCGCUUUUUCUCUCUUCUUCUAUUCCUUUUACAUCUGUUCCUUGUUCUGCUCGGCUGGCUGUUUCCCCCUGGUAAAGUCAGGUGCAUUAUUUCUUUUGCCAAAAAGGAGGAAAUUAUUUAAAGCGCGCACACGGAGAGGAAGGGGAUCCGGCCGGGAAGGGGGUGGAGAAAGGGCGGGGAGGCCGAGGGGGCGCGGGGCGGGAGGAACGGUGGGAGGGGCCGCUCGGGCAGCAGACUGCUACAGGGGCGGCCGCUCCCCCACCCACCCCACUCCACCUCCCGCGUCUCCCGGCGCUGGGGACUCCGUGGAGCCCCCUCUGACUGGGCCUCCUACUCCUUAGUCCCCUCCCCGUGCGUGAUGCGGCUCGCACCGGGAUGAAUUCCAACCUGCGAGCCUCGGUUCUGUAGAAGGACUAAAAAACGGCUAGCCGGAUGGACACGCAGCCCCAGACAGUGACGCUGAUGGGGUUGUCUGGCUUGGCUUUGCGUGCAAAGUGUACUGGGUUAGGGAAGAGGCCAGUAGCUUGCCCCUAAGCUCGCUCUCUCCAUCCUCAGAACAGCCCCUGCAGCGAGCCUGCCCAUGGCUCCAUGUAAGGUGGGGGUUAUAUGGUCACUUUAAGGAGACAAACUUGUGCUCUCUAUUUGGCGAGAGAACCCCACCUCCUCAGCGGAAGGACAGAUGGAGUCAAAAGGAGAUGCACAGCUGGGGCCAGUUUGACUGUAAAGCAGGGAAGGCGGAACUUGGAGAAAAAAAAAAGAAGAAGAAGAAAGGAGAAAGAAAACUUCCAGAAAUCCCGAAAAAAUCUGUGACACACAUGGCACGCUUUAUUAUGCCGAGCUACUAUUUAGCAGCGUGCUAGUGUCUUGUCACUCCCCUCUGCCACCUGUGAUGACAACAAUGGAUGGAGCUUGCGGACCUUUUUAGGCAUCCAGCGCCAUCAUACCUGCCAGCAUAUUUUAUGAUGAUGAUUUAUGUGCGGAUUGACCUUGUGGCAUAAGCCCCAGCACACGGCUUUACCUCCAGCCCUAUGAGAAGAACCUUGCAGGGAUCUGAUAGCUCUUCCAAAGUAGCUUAGGGUUGAAUCCAAAGACAAUUCACCUCAGCCUGUGUAGUCUCGGGCUUCUCUCCUGCUAUCCACAGCUAUAGAUGGAAACUGACAAAUGGCCUCUAAUAAAGUAUGCUCCACCAGAGGAGUCUGCUCUCUUGAGAGCGGCCAGCCAUAUGUAGCAAAAGGUUUCUGCAAUUUUGCAUUUCAGCCAGAAGGAAGAAUUAAUUUCCUAGAUACUGUUCUGUGCUAGGGGGAGACCAAAAGGCCAGCAUACAGUUCCCCAGAAACCCCAGUGAAACGCCUUCUUAUAUUGAGUGGCCUAUGCAUGCCAUUGCUAAUUAGCAGCCACACCAACCUGUACCCCUGAAAAAAUAAUAAUCAAAUGAUUUUCUUGGCAGUGUUGUAUGUAACCAGAGAUGCUAUUAAAAUAAUGUCAGCCUCCCUUUUAUCGAUCAAGUGCCUUUAAGCAUUUGGGAGAUCAGGCUUGAGCCUUUGGAGUCUUCUUUCCAACUUAAUGCAAAGGCAUCAGGAGUCUUACAAAGCACCACAACUACUGCCACCACUGGUCCCUUCUGAGGUGGUUCUCCACCAAGCAUUCAGACUGUUUCUAAAGCCAACACUAAGCCUUUAACCCCUAUUCAGAACCUACAUGAUAGCUUCUUGUUUCAGACUCCUUCCUAAAUUGCCCACCUUGCUCUUCUUCCCUGCUCAUUGAAGAAUCUUUGAGUUGUUGAGCUUCCCUGUCUAGAUCUCUUUUUGCCCCCCCCCCCAAACAGGCUCCUUCUCCUUCAGGUCUCAUGUAAGAUGCCAACUGAGGGGACAUCUCCCUGACUACCCUCCUUCUAGUGGGAGGGUAAACCUAGAUCCUCACAUUCUAUUUCAUUCAAAGUGCCUUUAAGUACCUGAGAUCAGCUUGUUUGGUUCAUCUGCUUGGUCUAUUACUCCAAUCUUACCCUCUUCAUAGACUUAAAGCGCUGCUUUAACCCACUCCCCAUGAGAGAGUCUGAGAGAGUGUUUGGUGAAUAGUAGAUCACUCUUCACUGUAUGUAUCCAGUGGCUGGAAUAACUGAUAGGCAGAUAAAUGGAUGAACUUUUAAACUGGAACUUGGAAACCACAACUAAAGAGUAACUGGCCCUGAGGUCCUUCACUGUACUGAGUCCCAGCUUUGCCUUGCUGGUUUUACUCAUCCUGUGAAUCUCCUUUGAACCUUUUCAGCUUAUGUGAAACUAUCAUCGUCCAAUAUUUCCUUGGCACUAAGAGAAAAAGCGGAUCUUCUUCCUGCACAUGGCACUGACACGGACUUUGUUAACAGAGGUUUAGUUUUGAACAAAUGGGAAAAUAAAGCUUUGGAAACCUG